CUAGGAAGAAUUUUCUUCUCAAAGUUCAUUAAGAACAUUGUGUGAUAUCAUAUAUGAAGGCACAAACCAUAUCAUAUAUGAUUAAGAUAAAUUUCUAAUUUCUUGUGUUAGUCACAAAGACUUAGUCUUGUCUCAUUGAAUGUAUUAUAAUUAAAUAGAGGGAGUUGAAUGAGUAUGAUGCAUUCUAUGUUAAGCAUGAGUGGACACAUCCAAGUCUUUUGUGUAUUACUGUUACUUUAAUGACAAAUCAAUAAUCAUGCAGGUACACACAUUGGACUUAAGUCUACCACGGCGAAGUUUGUUAGUGUCAUUUACUUGUGAUGCUUGCAGUUCGAGGACAAAACGAAUUAUAAGUCGACAUGCUUAUGAACGUGGCACAGUAUUUGUUCAGUGUGCAGGCUGUGAAGCGUAUCACAAGCUUGUGGAUAAUUUAGGCCUUGUUGUGGAGUAUGAUUUGAGAGAUGAUUUUUGCAGUGAAGCAGAUCCUAAGGAGCUGCCAGACAAGUAAUUUCCCUAUAUUAUCUCUUAAUUAAUAUUCUUAACCAUGCAUCGAAAAUUUUACUUACGCUUCACCAGAUCAGCAGCAUUUCUAACUGCAUAACUAUCUGGGCAUUAGAAGAGUCACCCAAUAAUCUAGCCUUGGAUUGAGCUCACAUACUCAACCAUUUUGGGAAAUCGUAACAGCAAUGUACCAAGUCAGUUGACUAACUAUUUGUAGAGAAGAAUACUUGUAAAAGAUCUAGUAAUGGUCAUGAUUGUCAUGGAGAAAUUUAACUUAUUGGUUUGUGAUUAAAUGUCUAAAGAAUUGUAAGAGAAUUGACAUUUUGCGCUGGCAUAAACUGUCCUUUUUUUCUUCAAAUUAUAUCAUUCAAUUAACGCUGCACUUCUAUUUAAA